CCUCCUCUGUGGCUGAUCACUCGCUCCGAGGACGUGUGGAUGUAACUGUGCAGUCCGCCGAGUCUCCGUGGCGCAGGACAGGACGGUCGCCACGCCUUCAGGGACGCUCUUUUGAACAGCCUAACCUUGCGUUUGUGUCCGCUGCACACCGGUACGCACGAGCCUGUGCGGGACAUUUAACAAGCAACUGUAAACACUGUACUUAACGGCAGCCAGGCGGUGUGCCUCUGGAGUCCGGCUUCACUUCUCCCAGCUGAUGCCCAGCUGCUUCUAAACCCUGAUUAAUUUGGGAAUAACCGGCACCGGAGCUUAUAUUUGACAUCGGAUACAAGUCGGAUAAAAGAUGAGGAUCAAAGUGUAGUGCUGAAACCUCAUCAGUCUGAACGUAGACCAGUCUCUGAUGCUGCUCGUCCAUCAACCCCUCUGUGAAAGAACAUAUUUGCACAGUUUUGUCACCACUCACCUAAGCAGGAAGACACAAGAACAUCAGGAAUGCCCCAGACUGCGUGCUCAGGCACCAUGUUUACCACUCCCAGUGGCUUCAGCCCUCAUCUGGCCUGUGCUGAGCCUGGGGAGGAGGAGGCCCCACAGGAAGGCCCGGGGCCGGGGCCUGGGGCUUGCCUCGCCGAUGGGCCGCCCAUCACUUCUGCCUCCCUGGACACCCUGAUCCAGAACCUGGUGCCCACUGCCGAUUACUACCCCGAGAAAGCCUAUGUGUUUACCUUCUUGCUGAGCGCUCGUCUCUUCAUUCCUCCUCCGGAGCUGCUGGCCAGGGUGUGUGAGCUGUGCAUCAAACAGCAGCAGCUGGAUCAGAGCCCACUCGAUACGGCAAAAGUACGCAAGUUUGGCCCCAAGAUCCUGCAGCUGCUGACAGAAUGGACAGAGACAUUCCCGUCCGAUUUCAGGGAUGAAAAGAUGGUCGGACACCUCAAAGACAUCAUCCACAGGAUAGCUCCAUGUGAUGAGGCAUACUGGAAAACCCUGAACCAGGUGCUGCAGAAACUUAGCCAGAGGCUGUCCCUGAUGAGCCAGGGGGAAGAGAGCAUUGUCAAGGUCUCCCUCAACGCCUCCUCUGACAAGCUGGUGGCCUUCAAGACCAAGCCUCCGCCCAUCCAGAAGGACAUACUCUCCAUCUGCAACGACCCCUACACGCUGGCACAACAGCUCACCCACGUGGAGCUGGAACAUUUGAGUCGUAUCGGACCGGAGGAGUUUGUCCAAGCUUUUGUUCAGAAAGACCCUCUAGAUGGAACACAGCAGCCGUGCUUCAGUGACCAGAAGAAAAAAACCUCCAACCUGGAAGCCUACGUGAGGUGGUUCAACAGACUGUGCUACCUGGUAGCAACAGAGAUCUGCAUGCCAGCGAAGAAGAAACAGAGGGCCCAGGUGAUAGAGUUCUUCAUCGAUGUGGCCAGGGAGUGUUUCAACAUUGGAAACUUCAACUCACUCAUGGCAAUUAUUUCUGGUAUGAACAUGAGUCCUGUGUCACGGCUGAAGAAGACUUGGAGCAAAGCUAAGACUGCCAAGUUCUUCAUUCUUGAGCAUCAGAUGGAUCCGACUGGAAACUUUUACAACUACAGGACUGCCCUGAGGGGGGCCGCCCACCGCUCUCAGACUGCCAACAGUAACAGAGAAAGGAUUGUGAUUCCUUUCUUCAGUCUGCUGAUAAAGGACAUUUAUUUCCUGAAUGAAGGAUGUGCCAAUCGGCUGCCCAACGGCCACGUCAACUUUGAGAAAUUUGUCGAGUUGGCGCGGCAAGUUGGCGAGUUCAUGACAUGGAAACAAGUAGAGUGUCCAUUUGAGGAGGAUAGGGCCAUCCUACACUACCUCCACACUGCUCCCAUCUUCAGCGAGGACGGGCUCUAUCUUGCUUCCUAUGAGAGUGAGAGUCCAGAGAAUCAGGUAGAGAAGGACAGAUGGAAAGCACUCAGGUCCAACGUCCUGGCAAAGACAUGAGGCAGCGAAGGCAGCUCACCUGCCACCAACAAGGGAGCGUGUGGUCUCUUUGCACUAAACUGAACUGUGAAGGAACCUAACUGGUACUUUGAUGUUUUUCUAUGAA